GCUGUAUAAGUGUGAAUGGUGUUGAAUCACUACAUUUUAUCGAUGGUAUUAUGAUACCACCCGCAUUCGUCAGUACAAACAACCGCGUCAGCACUCCUCGCCAAAAACAUUUGAAUCACCAUCCAUAUCUUCACCACGCAGCAAUAACAUCUGAGUCACCAUCCACAUCACCACCUAGUAGCAACAACAGCUGAGUCAGACAUCAGGCCCAAAACCAAGCACCCCUACUCUACGGCCAUACCUUUAUAAACCCUUCGCCAAAAUAAAGCACAGACCAGUAUUUCACAAGUCGAGACUCGCGUAACGUUACUCUGUCCGUCCCUUAUCAUCAGCUACGGCAUAAGUCGCGACAGAAGGCAACAGUGUACGCACGUUACCUUAAAGUUUCGCGAGUUCGUGUUUUUUUUCAAGUGACGCGUAAAGUCCCGUCACAUUUUGGCGAUCCUGCCAGGAUCCAUUCGUGCACAACUGAGGAUAAACAAGACUACGAGAAGCCUACGGACAUCUCCACAGCUUGGGACUACGAGAGCCAUUCUAUCAGUUUGCACCAGGAUUCGAGCUAAAGGUAAAGUUGAGUACGAAAAAUGAGUACACCAAUUAAAGAUCAGGGAGAUAUGAGGAGUAUUCUUUCCCAUCUUGAAAUGACGACGACGCAAAUGAAAAGGCAAGAGGAAACAAUGAAAAAACAAGACGAAGCGUUACGGAAACUCUUGCAAACCGUUAAAGUGCUAGACGAAGAAAGAGUGGAGCAAGCAGGCGAAUUGAAGAAGCUAGGCGUCCAAUUAGGAUUCGUAGUCAGCACGGAAGAUGGACGUUCCAUCGAGACAUCGAGAAGACCAGCCACCGAAAUGGAACUCACCGACGACGAAGGUGAUCUCCGCACAGCAAGGGCGGAACCUCGCUCACACACAUCAACAGCACCCGCAACAACCGUGAGUAACCUUAAAACUGCAGACGCGUUGCGCAUGGUAGAAACCUUAUACGGGAAAGAUGACAUCGGAGUCGAAGAAUUUAUCAAAUCGGUACGGUUCGCAAGAAAUAGAGUCAACGAUCCGGAAAGCCUACUCCGCAUGAUAAUAACCGAGAAAAUAGUUAGUCACGCCAAGAGGAGUAUCAGAUUUUGCCGUAUCCAGACCUAUGAUGAAUUGUACGAGGCACUGAGAACCCAAGUGUCAUUACCAGUCACGGUUAGCGGAAGCAGAAACAAGAUGCAGACUAUAAAACAAGGGAUCACGGAAAAUGUACAAUCCUAUACCGCUCGUUUUAAACAAGCAAUGAGUGAACUGGAAUACGCGAUUCAAGCAAAACACCGUAACCCUAUCGCAAGAAAUAUAGCAUUGGAGGAAGAAAAUUUAGAAGCAGUAAAAUUCUACAUUUAUAACUUAAAAAAAGAAAUAGCCCAGUAUGUCGUACCCAUGAGACCCAAGACGCUAAUCGAGGCACAACACGAAGCGAUGAACAUCGAAGUGUGGUGUAAAGAUACCAGGCCAACAUCACAACCUCAACGACCCUACAUGCCGCCAAGAACAAUGACUAAUAACCAGCCAAGACCUUUGAUACGACCGCCGAGUUUCAUACCUAAACCAGCCAACAAUCCUCAACAACAGAUACCACGACCGGUAUCAUGCGAACAUUGUGGAAAACAGGGACAUUUCAAACAAAAUUGUUUUCGUCUGAAGCAGCAAAAUUUUCCGACCGCUCAAUUCGGGAAACUACCGCCACCGAAGAGUAAACCACAUGAAGGAGACGGAGGACCAAGAAGACUGCGAGUUCACUACACCCCAGGAGAACUACAACACCUACGAUGUAGUUUUGCAGGAAUGCUACGACCAGGAAGAUUCUUACUGGACACCGGAGCAGGAGUCAACCUCCUCAAACGAAGAUUUGUAAAUAAUAUAAUACCGUUGAAACACGCCAAGACGAUACAACUAGGAAACGACUUGCAUCAAAUAACACAUUUCUAUACAUUUAGGAUCUUAGGCCAAACACAUAACUUUUUAAUCGUUCCAGAUAACUUCCCUUUAAUAGAAGAUGAGCACGCCCAAGGAAAUAGAAAUCCCACCUGAAACCUGUACUGCGAGAUAUUGUAAGAUCGGCGAUGAUGUUACGAGGGUUUGCUUCAUUAAUACUGGUAAGUUCAGCACGAUUACAUCAAAUUCAAUUGAACCUAAAGAGGAAAAUAUAAACAGAAUCCAUGAAUUGCUAACGAAAUUGCGUCUAGAUCAUAUAGAAACCUCCUUUCGAGACCCUAUAACUAAAAUAGUUUGUUCAUAUAACGAUAUUUUUGCAUUAGAAACCGAUCCACUCCCUUGUACCACACUAACACAACACUCUAUAAAACUAAAGACAGAUAGACCCAUAAAUAUCAAAUCAUAUCGUCCACCAGAAGUCCAUAAACAAGAAAUCCACAAACAAGUUAAGGAAAUGUUAGAUAAAGGAAUUAUCGAAGAAUCAGAUUCACCAUUUAACGCACCGGUAUGGGUAGUACCUAAAAAAUCAGACGCCUCUGGUAAACAAAAAUGGAGAAUAGUGAUAGAUUUCAGGAGAUUAAACGAACAAACCGACCACGACGCUUAUCCAUUACCGAAUUCUGACGAAAUAUUGCAACACUUAGGAAACGCUAAAUUUUUCUCAGCCCUUGAUUUAUCCUCUGGAUUUCACCAGAUUCCUAUGGCUGAACAAAGUAAAAAAUACACAGCAUUUUCGACACCUGACGGACACUUUCACUAUAAUCGUAUGCCUUUCGGACUCAAAAAUGCACCCGCGACAUUCCAACGACUGAUGGACACCGCUUUACGAGGACUUAUAGACAAAUAUUGCUUUGUUUACUUAGACGACAUUAUAAUAUUCGGAAGUACUAUAGAAGAACACAACAGAAACUUAGCCAUAAUAUUCCAGAGAUUGAGAGAGACCGGACUAAAACUACAAGUAGACAAAUGUCAAUUUUUGAAACCUGAACUAGAGUAUUUAGGCCAUAUAGUUACGGCAGAAGGAGUUAAACCUAACCCCAAGAAAUUAGAGGCUAUCAAACACUUCAAAAUUCCGAGCAACAUCACACAAAUAAAAUCUUUCCUCGGGUUAACCGGAUACUACAGGAAAUUCAUUAGAAA